UUUUCCUGACGUGGAAGUGCGACGAGUUGCUGUAAGUUGGGUGCAGAACAUGGGAAGUGAUGAACUUGUUGACUACUUGCCUCAACUUGUUCAAGCGUUGAAACAUGAGACAUGGGAAGCCUCCCCCUUAGCUCGGUUUUUGCUUGAACGCUCUCUCACGUCUCCUCGUGUCGCACAUCAUCUCUAUUGGUUGUUGAUGCAAUCUCUGCCAGGACAGUGUCCUCAGAAUUCAUCUGAAGUGAGUAUUGUUGAUGAUGCUGGCCUUGGAGAAGCUCGUUACCAUAGACGUCUGCAGUUGAUGCUUCGAGCUCUUCUAGCAAUUUCUGGUGAAGCCUUGCGACAAAGGUUUCUUUCUCAACAACUUCUUGUA